GAGGAAGUUGUUGCUCCGCCGAGUCCAUCUGAACCCAGAGGUGGUGUAGAAGGGUACGCGCUGUGUUGAUCGGGUCUAACGGAACCAAGCUACCGGUGAGCGGUGACUGAUGCGGGGCUGCUCUGGCCCAAAGGUCCGGUGAUGCUGUCCGAGGAGGACGGAGCGCAGCUGCGCUGCUGCGUGACGCUGGAGCGGCUGGAGCGCAGCGGCCAGGCCGCCCGGAGGCAGCUUAUUCGGAAGGCCUCCGUUCUUCUGGGCCGCAAUGAGUUCCAGGAGAUGAUCCUGCGGGUCCAGGACGGGAAGGUGGCGCUCGGCUACCCGCUGAAGGACUUCCGACUGUUCACCAGGUUCGCCAGCGAGGGGAAGUGCUCCAUCAGACUGCUUCCUGAAAACAUCCAGGUGCUCAUCUCCAACUGUCCCCCCGACCGGCUCCGGCUCUUCCUGAAGACCCUGAGCAUCAAACACCAGGCCCGGAAGGGCGAGCGGGCCCUGAGCGACCGGGACAAGCUCCGAGCCGGUCUGCCUCGAAGCUUCGAGGCCAUCAGCCCCCUGCAGCACAAAGACCUCCAGAAGGUCAGCGAGCUGCGGGCCAAAGCGGCUGCUGGCGGGCUGACGGACCGCAGCAACAGGACGCCGGCGGCUGGACCGGGCCAGCCGGUGAAGCGGUCCCGGAGCGACUGUAGCUCCAGCCCGGUGAAGGCCAACCCCAGUAAGAAGCCCGUCUUAUCUCUACCAUCUGGUAAACUGGGCAAGGACCAGGCGGCUGUUAUCCGUGCAGUUCUGAGUGGGAAGAACGUCUUCUUCACUGGAAGUGCAGGCACAGGGAAGUCCUUCCUGCUCAAGAGGAUCUUGGGGUCUCUUCCUCCUAAAAGCACCUUUGCCACAGCGAGCACGGGGGUGGCGGCGUGUCACAUCGGAGGAACGACGCUGCACAGCUUUGCUGGUAUCGGGCCCGGCUCGGCCCCUCUGACCCAGUGUGUGGAGCUGGCUCAGCGGCCCGGCGUGCUGCAGCACUGGACCAGCUGUCAGCACCUGAUCAUUGAUGAGAUCUCCAUGGUGGAGGCCCAGUUCUUUGACAAGCUGGAGGCUGUGGCUCGGUCCGUGAGGAGGUCCACUCAGCCGUUUGGAGGGAUCCAGCUGAUCGUCUGUGGGGAUUUCCUCCAGCUGCCUCCUGUUUCUAAAGGAAAGGAGAAAGCCAGCUUCUGCUUCCAGGCCAGGAGCUGGCGAAAAGUCAUCCAGGUCAACAUGGAGUUAACGGACGUCCGGAGGCAAACGGACCAGCGCUUCGUCUCCCUCCUGCAGGCAGUGAGGGUGGGCAGGGUGACGGAGGAAGUCACGGCCAAGCUGAAGAGAAGCGCUGGCCAUCGGAUCGAGAGGGACGGGGUCCUGGCUACACGGCUAUGCACGCACAAGGAUGACGUGGAGCUCACGAAUGAGAACAAACUCCAGCAGCUGCCAGGGUCAGAGCGGGUCUUCGAGGCUCUGGACAGCGACCCGCAGCUGGUGAGGGUCAUAGAUGCUCACAGUCCCGUCAGCAGACGGAUCCAGCUCAAAGUGGGAGCCCAGGUCAUGUUGACGAAGAACCUGGAUGUGGCUCGAGGUCUGGUGAAUGGCGCGCGUGGAGUUGUCGUAGCGUUUGAAUCAGGAAGUCAAGGACUUCCACGUGUGCACUUCCUGUGUGGGGUCACAGAGGUCCUAAAGCCGGAGCGGUGGGUGUUCAGGUCUGCUGGAGGGACCCACCUGAGCCGACAGCAGCUGCCUCUCAAGCUGGCCUGGGCCAUCUCCAUCCACAAGAGCCAGGGGAUGAGCCUGGACUGUGUGGAGAUUUCUCUGGCCCGUGUGUUUGAGAGCGGCCAGGCCUACGUGGCUCUGUCUCGGGCCCGGAGCCUGGAGGGACUCAGGGUCAUGGAUUUUGACCCCUAUGUGGUCCGAGCAGAUCCAGAUGCCCUGCUCUUCUAUGAGAGACUGAGAAAGGAGCGGCUCCUCGUGCAGGCCUCCAUGGAGGAGUCCUUCUGCAACAAGGAAAAUGCUGGAAGAAGGGAAGUCCUCUGACUCCAGGGCACUCUGCUGAGGGCAGCGCUGAGCUCUACUGCACCCUGCUGGUCACUUCUGGAACAUCAGGCUCUUUUUAUUGGACUUGUUUCCAUCAUGUUUAGCUUAUUUAUGACUGCAUGUAUUCUAAUAAAGUUUUACUCCGA